UACAGACAGUCUAAACUACAGGUCCAGAAUAGUUCACCGAGUUUAUAGAAUCGAAGUGUCCAGUCCCUUCAGAUGUUAUUCGGGGGGUUGGUGGGGACUCCACAAGGGUCUGGUCAAUUGGGUCGACUCCGGACACCUUUUCCAAUGUGCGUAAAACGGUUUUAUCUACUCGUCCUCUUUUCCGGACUAGCAACUUCAGGCAUGUUACCGGUCAGUGGGAUGAGGGUGUACACGUCGGGGGAGGUGGAGGCGGUGAACGGCACAGAUGUGCGGCUGAAAUGUAACUUCCAGAGCAGCUCGCCCAUCACCCCAGCAACGCUCACGGUCUCAUGGAGCUUCCGCCCCCUCGAACCUGGCCGCGAGGAGUCAGUGUUCUACUACCAUGAGAGGCCUUACCCUCCCCCAGAAGGGCGUUUCCAUAAGCGGGCGACAUGGGCGGGUGAUAUCAUGGGGCGGGACGCCUCCAUCGUGGUGCGUGAGGUCAAGUUCUCCUACAACGGGACGUUCAGCUGCCAGGUGAAGAACCCUCCGGACGUCCACGGCAACGCGGGGGAGGUGAAACUAACCGUGGUCACCACAGCCUCCUUCUCUGAGAUUGUCAUUCUGGCUGCAGCCAUCGGGGGCGCCAUCAUGCUGAUGGUCAUCCUCCUCGUCGUCAUCAUGUCAAUAAGGCAAUGUUUCAAGAAGAGACAGGAGGAGUGGGUGGAGGAACUGCCUCGCAGAGAGAGAAAGGACCCUACAGUGUGGUAAGACAGAGAGAGCGAGAAGGAGCGAGAGAGAGUGGGAUCUCUCCAACCUGUCUUCCCUCUGGCUGGGCUCUGUGGUGCUCACCUCUGGGACUGGGCUCAGUCAAUUGCUCUGUCUGCGUGGACACUCUCCUCUGAACCUAGCUUUGGAACCAAAACCUGGACCUAUCGUUGGGCAGAUGUUUUUACAAAGAGCAGACUAAAAGUGCCUUAGAAUACUACUGUAGAUUAUCCAUCUGCUGGAUCCUGUAUCUUACCGCCAUGCACCUUUCUGGAAAGACAGUAGGCCUGCAUUAAUAUUUUCCUGUAUAUCAAAUGGAAUUCUUAACACAUUUCCUGUUUAAGUGUAGAUGUUUUAUGAGAUAGUUGUGGAAAAUAAUGUACAGUAUUUCUAUUGUGAUUUCCUACUAUCAGUUUCAAACUCUAACAUCUGCCCAAUCAUUUUCCAAUCGCAUAGGACUUAGUAAGCCAAUGCCCAUGGUUGUAUAGGUACAGGCAGUCUCUCUCUCAUCUGGUUCAAUGCAUUUCAACCACAAGUCCACGACAAGAUCUCUUUACAUUUCUGUCUUAGUUUACUGCUGACCAAUGAUAUUAUUUGAUUUUGUCCUGAAGUGAUUUUGUAUUUCUAAACAGAUGUUGUGUUUUUUAUCAGUGAAAAUGUUCAACUACUGCAGAAAUACUCAAAAUGCUGUCAAUAUUCACUGCAAGACCUAAGGCACUUGCUUAAA